AACAUUCGAUAUCUCGAAGAGUGUCUCCGAGGAGGUGUAACAGCCAGUCUCGAUACCGUCAGUCCCACCGCCAUUGUUUCGCCAACCUUUAUCCCUGGGACGUGAAUUAACGUGCGCAGAGUUUAAUUUACCCCAAAUUUUCUCACCUCCGAGGAAAAAAUAAAGCCGUGCACACUCGUUAUUCCGCGAUUUUGUCGGGGUGAAGAGGUGACGUUUCGGUUACAACUCGACAGCCGUGAACGGGAACGAUUGGAGUGGGAAGAAGAGGAAGAACGCCUCCGCCAACGUAGCAUGUCCACAAUGAAUCCCGAAUACGAUUAUCUGUUCAAACUUCUCCUGAUCGGGGACUCUGGUGUUGGAAAAUCGUGUUUACUUCUCCGUUUCGCCGAUGACACGUACACAGAGAGUUACAUAUCCACCAUAGGUGUGGAUUUUAAAAUAAGGACCAUUGAUCUCGAUGGUAAAACAAUAAAACUACAGAUCUGGGAUACAGCUGGCCAGGAGAGAUUCAGAACAAUAACGAGUUCUUACUACAGAGGUGCACACGGUAUUAUUGUUGUGUACGACUGUACGGAUCAGGACUCAUUCAAUAAUGUUAAGCAGUGGCUGGAGGAGAUUGAUCGUUACGCGUGUGACAAUGUCAAUAAGCUGCUGGUCGGCAAUAAGUGUGAUCUUACUCCUAAGAAAGUCGUUGAUUAUACAACUGCUAAGGAAUAUGCAGAUCAAUUGGGCAUUCCCUUCCUGGAGACAUCGGCGAAGAACGCCAUGAACGUGGAGCAGGCGUUCAUGACAAUGGCUGCUGAGAUAAAAGCCAGAGUUGGCCCUCCCUCGGGUGCUGCCGUCGAUCCUGCUAAUAAAGUCAAGAUUAAUCAAGGGCGUGAUGUUGAUGCACCAAAAUCCGGAUGCUGCUGAAACUUCCAACUCGUUUACUCCCAAUUUAAUAACCAAAAUAACAUCGCAAUGCGUCAUUACCCUGGUGCAGGGUUGAGCAAAUCAGCCAACAGGGACACCAGAGCGUUGGUCGAUGUAUUUGGUUGACAACUACGAAGAAACAUAAACCGAAAAAACAAGGCAAAAAAUAAUAAAAAAAAGCGUGUGAAAAGAAUUUUUUUUCCUCCCCCCUGAGGGAGAAAACAAUUUUUACAAGUAUCCUCCCUCCCACUCAUGGACCAUCAACCCGAGUUGUACAAAAUGCCGAAAAAUCGUGAGAGAAAAAAAAAUUACAAUUUGAAACUGACGAAAAACCGAUGAUUGAGAAUGAGAUAAAAUCAAUUGAGAAUGAAUUAGACAUGAAAAUGCGAAGGAACUUGGCAUGAUCUUCGUUGGAUUAGCUGCCUCUCCUACCUUAAUAGCCCAUCUCCUGAAUAAUCGAUCGUGUUGAUAAUGAUAAAGUAAAAAAAAGGGUGCGAGAGUGAUUCGUUUUUCGUAUGAUAAGAUUACAUAUGAAAGCAAGUAAUCUUGUGAUUGGAUGGAGUAAGUCAUGAGAAAAUUCAUGAAAAAAAUUAUUUAAAAAAAUGAAUUGAUUAUUCAAUAAAUUAACGGAUUCUUCGCUUCAUUCCUGGGGUAAUUGCGUGGUGAAGUGAUGAUUAUUGCGAUUAUCUCACGAAUAAUUGAGUUUAGCGGAAAAUGGCAGAAGACCUUUUUCGUGGCGAAUUUGAUUUCCCACAAAAAACAUCUUUUGACAUUUUUCUCUAAAUGCCAUAAUUCUCGAGAUAAUUCCGCCUUCAUCAUUUCACAACUGAUUUUUUAACUCCAUUCAAUCACAAAAUUCAUCACAAAUGAACUAAGUAAAUAAUUAAUUAAUUAAAUAAAUCGUGUAUGAUUGUGGAAGACAGGGAGAGAAGGAAAAAAUUAACUAUUGAAAUGAAACAACUGCAAGCACCAUUAUUUUUAGCCUAAUUGUAAUAUGUAUAGAUAAUUAUUCAAACGUGUGGUGGGUAAUAUCUGUAUUCCCCUCCUCCCCCCAAAUCGUUGCUUAUUAUUUCUCCUUUAUUUGUUGGUUUAACGCUGGGCAACCGCAGCAUAUUCAACUUUCAGUGUCCAAUAAAUGUUUUUUUUAAUUGAACAAAAGAGCAAUUCUUAAUUAAAUCUAUUAAUUAUGAUCACCUAAAGUUAUUACGAUGAUGUGGGCAUGAAGCGAAAAAACCAAUGGCCUGUUUUGCUUUUUUAAUAAAGAGAAAAUGAAUGAGAAAAAUUGUGGAAAUAUGUAGUUACAAGUGUUUUUUUUUCAUUUAUGCAGGGGAGGAUUUUCACCUGUAGUUUGCACUCAAUAUUUAUCAUUGAGGAGAGGUAUUUCAUAAUUUCUUUGUUUUUCAUGUUUCUUUUUUUGAAUAAAUUUGUUUCUUUAUUAGUCAAAAUAAUGAUUGAGUUUGAUUUAAAAAAGAAUAUUGAAAAUUUUAUACAAUUUUGUACGAUUCCUGCACCAACUUCCCCUCGAAUAAUUAAAAAUUAACAUUUUAACGUGAUGAAGGGAAUAAGUUUAAAUGAAAUAACUGAGAAAUUCGGUUGAAAUCAUUUUCACGUCAAUAUAAAAAAUUCAUAAUUGAUAACAGUAAUUUGUCACGGUGAUUUGAGAAACAUGAAGACAUAUAUUGACAAACUUUUUUUCUUGCAUGCAGGGGAGGAUUUUCACCGGUAGUUUGCACUCAAUAUUUCAUAAUUAUCAUUGAGGAGAGGUAUUUAAUAAUUUUUUCGGUUUUCAUGUUUAUUCUUUUGAAUAAAUUUGUUUCUUUAUUAGUCAAAAUAA